ACAGUAUUCGUUCUUUACACUUCAUGCGGCGGGCAGGUGCGAGGGCGAGCGAGGGGCGUCGAUUCAAUCCGACGCGGCGGCGUCCUCGAUCUCCGCCACACGCGCGCGCUUCGGGCCGCGCCCGCAGCGGCACGGGUAAUCGCGGUAGUCGCCGAACUCAAUGCGCGCGAGGGCGCGAUCUUGCUCGCGGUCGAAAUCCCUCGCGAGCUUGCGCCGGCGCGCCUGGGCCACAGCGGCCAUGUACCUCGCGUGAUAGGUGCGGAGGUCGUCGAGGUAGGCGUCUUCUUCUUUGUUGCAGGUAGCCCUGGCUCUGGCUUCGGCCAGCGAGGCCGGGGACAUGGAGCGGCUGCGGCUGCGGCGGCGGCGCGACUUGCGACGGGACUUGGUCUUCUCGCGGCCGCGGCGGCGCUUGCGCGACGCGCCGUCGUCGUCGGAGGAGGAAGAGGACGAGUCGUCGGAGGAGGACGACGGGGACGGCGAGCGGCGGCGGCGCUGCAGACCACGGAUCACGCCCUCCAGAUCAUCGACCUUGUCCCGCAGCUCUUCGACUUCCGCGCGCAGGCGGGUGAGUUCCUCGUUCGCCGCCAUUACGGGCGCCGGGGCUGCGUCGGUCAGCAGUUUGCGCGCGGAACAAAAGACCUGGGAUGGGAGAGC